GCAGCUCGAAGGCCGCGUAGCACCACGAUGCUGCGGUUUGUUACGUCGUAGUCACAUGACUGCGUGAACAGAAACAAACAUGGCGCCGCGAAAUUGUGCAACUCUGCUAGGUUAGUUUGUCUCCGGGUCCGCACUCGAGCCGCCUGGCGGAUGAGAGGAAGGGGAGGACGCUCUUCAUCACCCUCAUCACCCAACAUCGUCCCUAUCAUCAGAUAAACCAGUCACUCAGGAGCAGACCGGGAUGGCUCUCAGGAAGCAACUAAUCAAGGAUGCGAGCGACAUGCCCUGUGAAAGCCGGCAGAUCGACAGAAACACACAGGAGGACGAAGCUGUCGACGACAGAGACGACAAGGACGAGCUCUCGUCAUCACUUCUGUCACCGUCAACAGCAAGACAAAAACGCAAGAGAGAGAAGGACAACAGGGCGAAACCCAAAGAGAUGACAGAGGAGGAGAUGAUGGACCUGGCCCUGCGUCUGAGUGAACAGGAAGCCAGUGACACUGCGCUCAGACUGCAGAGAGAAGAAGAGGCCAUGAUGAAAGCCAUCCAAGAGAGUAUGGUCGGCCAGACGCGACCCUGCCCGCCUUCCCAAAGUCAAAGCCUGCUGGCUGACGCCGAAGCCCCGUUCAGGCUCUGCUCUCGGCGAAAACUCUUGUACUCGAACGGGAAGAAGGCGUCGGCCGUCGAUCGGGGAGCGUCAGAGGACGUCUGCACGCCUCAGACAGACCUGAACCGAGAAGCAAAAGGAACCGGAGAUGAAAAUAACAACAGGAAUAAAAAGCGCAAAAGGAAAGAAGGAAGUCCUCUGCUGGAGAUGCCAGACUUGUCACAGACUCAGAAAAUCUACUCUCAGGCUUCACCCUGCAGCUCGGAGUCUCUCGUAGUGGCUCUGGACUCACCGCAGAGUUCUGAUUCGACCCAGAUCGACGACUGUCAGCUCCCUAAAUCCCCCGUCUUCCCCCGGACCGGCUGCAGAGCCAAGGUUGACGUCCCCCGCUUGAGUCAGGACCUGCUGGAAACCUGCAGAACCUCAGGGUUUGUGUUGUGCUCUCAGGACAGUGGGACCUCGACUCAGAAGUCUCAACCUGCUAGACCCAAGAGCCCGACGUUUCCUAGGAGCCCCAAAAGCUCCAGUAACCUCGCGGCAUGUCCUAAAAGUCCUGUCUUCUCAGAGGCCGAUCAGGGUGAUGAUGGAGAGACGGAGCUGAGUCCUGAGUAUCUUAAAAGUCCUGUAUUUGGCAGGAAUACUCAGCCUGAGAGGUCUCCAAGUGCCUGCAACCCCCCCGUCAGUGUCUGUAACCCGUCCCGCAAAAACUCAGGGUUCGUGUUCUCUACUCAGGAGAGUUCGACCUCCUCUGUGAGGUCCACAUCCCAUCGGCCUAAGAGCCCAGUAUUCCCAAGAAGCCCCGGCCUUCCCAAGAACCUCGGUCCCCCAGAGAGAUCAAUGGUCUGCAAAAGCCCCGUAUCUUCAGAGACUGACCAAGGACAGACUGAGCAAAGUCAUGGCUGUUCUACGAGCCGCGCGUUCGGCGGGACUGGACGAGGACAAAAGGUUCAGUCUGCGGUUCCCUCAGCUGCAGAGCGCGGAAACUCAAACGGUGACGUGAAACCACCUGCCAUCAGGGAUCCUUCUCGGAGUCCGAGGCGGGACAGCAGGACUGAUGGCAGUAAUCAGGAGGGCGGGUUUAACAAGACCCCGGUGUCAUCGAAGUCAGAUGAUGCGCGUGAGCUGAGCGAAGCAUCCAAAGACUGGAACUCGGCUGAGACGGAGCUGACCAGUGACAUGACGCUACUCUGGUCUGACGAGGGCGAGGACGUCACGCCGGUAGGCUCUCCCAGCCCGGUCUUCCCAGAGGAGAGACCUGUUCAUCAGGCAGACGGUCGGGCUGCGUCCCUGAACCACGUGACUGCAGCUUCUCCAGGGACAACCGGGUCAAACUGCAGACUGCGGGACUCCUGCACUUUCAAGGAACGGAACGGACCUUCUUCCUCUACUCCUACAUCCACCUUCCGACAGCAGCUUUCCACCACAGAGCAAGAGCUACGGCCAAUCAGCAGUCAGGGUGCGGUCAGCAGGGCGGGGCCGGCGGGCGGGCCGACGGUUCACUACUACUGGGGGGUACCCUUCUGUCCACGGGGCCUGGACCCAGACACCUACACACAGGUGAUCUUGGCUCAGAUGGAGGUCUAUGACAAGAGUCUGAAACAGGCUCAGAGGUGUCUGCUGAGGAAGGCCCCCUGGGGGGAGGCCAUCCUGCCACAGCCAGAGAAACCCCCCUCACCCGAGUCGCCCGCUGAAUCGCCUCAACAUCACGUUCCUCGAAGGGGUGGUCUCAGAAAGAGAGGGAAGAAACUGUGCGAAGCGUCGGAUACCCCUCAAGCUGAGGCAGAGGAGGAGGAAGAAGACAAGAACGAUGGAGAGGAAGAGGAGGGAAGAGAGAGGGAGAGCAAAAAAGAACAGGAGAAGAACGGGGGAGGAGAAGACGAAGACGGACAGGUGGAUAUCGAUGACUGUCAGGUUUGUCCAGCAGAAACCCAACUGAGUAACGACGACAGCACGCAAGAUCUGACGAUGGUCACCGACGCUGCAGCCGAGUUUGGAUUUCAGUCUGACUGUAGAAAAAGUCCAGAUCUCCCUGACGUCGAGAUGAUUCCCUCAAACGGCGCUCCGGCUGGGGCUGAGCUGCAGGGCGAGGAGGAGGAGGAGGAGGAGAUGGAGGUGGAGGUGGACGUGGACGCUCCAGUGGAUGGAAAGAUGGAGGGAAACAUCGCUGUCAGCAGCGGCGCCGUUGGAAGACAAGAUAUGAAAAAAGAGGAGGUAACGGAGGACAGGGGGGAUCCAGAUGUGGAGGAGAUAACGGACAGAGGGCUGCAAAGGUCAGCGUCUCCUGAAGUGGAAUCAGCCGCCAUCCCUCGGAGUCCUGAAACCAACGUGGACUGUCCCAUCUGUCAGAGAUCCUUCCCUGUGACAAAGAUCGAGGUGCACGCAGCGUACUGCGAUGGGGAGGUGGCCGUCGUGGACGAGAGGAGGCCUGAGGUCGACUGCUUCCAAUUGUCACUGAAGCCGCGUAGGAAGAGGACAAGGAGAGCCGAGGAGACUGCUGAGGAGACAAACUACGCCUCUAACACUGGCAAGAACCAAGAGAAAUGUUACAUCUGUGAGAAAGCCGUUCCUCUGAGAGACUACAGCAGACACACCGAACUCUGCAUCCGACGCUGGUCAUCGAAGACUGAAGCCAAAGUAAAUCUGGUCUCAGCUCUGGAGCAAACAGAAAACAGGAAUUCAGAGGCCGGGCCGUCGGGAUCCAAACUCCAGCCAGGAGAGGUCAUCGAUCUGCGGGACGAUGAUGAUGAAGAGGAGGACGGCGUCUCAGCGCUCAGCAUCAGUAACUCUCCCAUCAGAUCCUUCACUCCGAUCUCCGAGGCCACCGGCUGCCUUAUCGACUUCAAGAAACAGCAGCGCGCCAAGAAGCCGAGCCACAGACGCAGAUGAGGACUGAAAGUACUGGAAACCAGAGCCUUAACUAAAGACCUGGCCAAUUAUCAGGUUACCUUUAGAAACGACUGAACAACACCUUCUUCCUGAUGUCAAAUUCUGGAUAUUUAUGCAGACGAACGAACACACACUGAACGCUUGAAUGUGCAAAAAUCUCACAUCAGUUCAAAGUGCAGAGGAAAACUGAUUACAGCUCUUUCUGUGCCACUAAAUGUUUUGUAUAUUUACGUUUGUUUAUGUUGAGGAUGUUUCAGACUACCUCUUCCUGUAUUGAAACCUUUCCUUUUUCGUUACCGUAGCUUUGCGUUAACGCGUCCGUCUAACGGAGGGAUUUGGACCACGAGUGUGUAUCACAUUCACACGGACCUAAUUUCACCGACCUUUUACUGUCAGCUGGAAGUUACUGUGUGCAGCCACGCGAGCCUGUGGGGGAUAAAACCCCUUUCUGAAAUAUCUCCAACAAGUAUCGGACGGAUUGCCGUGACGUUUUUCACAGGUUUUCAUAGUCCCCAGAGGAUGAAUCCCACUGCCUUUGGUCAGCCUCUGAAGUUUCCUCUAGCGACUCCGGCAGGUCGAAGCACCUACGUUCACCAUAGUAAAAACGGUUCAAACCAACGACUGAAUUCAGCCUCACCUGUACUUUAACGCAAACGCGACACGCUGACGAUCCAAAUAUUAGCAUGCUGCUAACAACGCGCUUGUUUCUUAGCAUGCUAACAUUAAAUGCUAAACAUCAGACACUAAAAUGUUUUACAAACAUCCCAAGUUUGGAAAUUUACUGUGAUAACUGUAUAAAUGUUCACAUGCUGAAUUUUUCGUGCCGAUGCCAACAUUUUAACAAGCAGAAAAUUAAUUAGCAACUAUUCUUUCAAAUAAAAUAAUAAUUGUAGUCUUUUUUUUUUAAGCAAAAAAGGCCAAAUAUUUGAUGGUUCCAGCUACUCAGAUGUGAGGAGUUGAUGCUUUUCAUUGUCACACAUGAUAAUAAACUGAUUAUGUUUGGGUUUCGGACCGUUGGUCAGACAAAGCAGGACAACUGAACACGUCACCUUGGUCCGUUUGAAAUCAUAGCCGGCAUUUUUUCACUAUUUUCUGACACAUUACAGACAAAAUGAUGAAUUGAUUUAAUCACGAAAAUAAUCGGCAGAUGAAUCGAUAAUGAAAAGAAUCAUUAGUUGCAGCCCUAAAGAAUCUAUAAGGACAGUGUUUAUAAAUGUACGGCAUUUGUCAACAAUUAUGACUUCCUGUGAGGACGUAUUUUACACUAUUCCAGCUGUGUUUUACUAUGUUGCCGUUCUUUAUCUGUUUAUCCUCCCGUGUCCACAGGAGGAGUUACAGCUGUUGAUAAAUACAUUAAUAAACAGUUACGACUACAUUAUAGUAUAUUAUAACCCACAUAUUACAAAUGUAUAUACUGGAUAGAUAUGAUAAAUAGCUGGAUUUAUUGUAAAGUGUUACCUGCAAAAUAUUCCUUGGUAAAUGCCUGACCUCUGAAUUGCUGCCCUCGUGUCUGAUCUUUCUUACUAUUCAAAGGGGUCUGGUGUCGUGUUCACUGAAUGGACGACUACUGAGUCAAUGAGAACUCUAGAGGCCGAAUUAAAACUGGGGACGUCAUCUCCCUCUGCCAGUGCUAGAAAAAUUGAGACAAAAAUGGCAGGUGUGGAGUCAGGGCUGCGACUAACUUAAUGAUUUUUUUUUUGUUUGUUUUUACAUUAUCUGUUAUUCUGCCAAUUAUUUUCUUGAUAAAUCCCUUGAUUUUUAACAUUUCAGAAAAUAAUAACAGUUUUAAUACCCUAGAGCCCUGACAUCAUCAGAUCCCUUUUUAAAUCCGAACAGCAAAGAUAUUCAUUUAACGAUUAAAAAUGACCGAGAAAAGCAGAAAACUCUCAUUUGAGAAGCAGCAACGACUGAAACUGGUGUUUUCAACGACUGCGAGCAACAAUUAAAAGCCGAGUUCGUCGUAUUCAUUCUUUGCUUUGGGACGCGAGCGCUUUGCUUCUCAGGGCAGUGUAGCUGAAGUCCUACACACCGGCGGCGUUAAUUCUCCAGAGAAGCAGCAGCUUUAUCACAUUCGCAGCCAGGAUCAGUGCGUCUCGGCCACUGUAACCCGACCACUUCUUCCGUCAGCGCUGAGCUUCGGAUGCGGUCGAGGGACGGAAGACGCACAUGGCCGAGUGGAGACGAGAAGCACCUGAAACGUUAAAACAGGCCAAAAAAGCAAAAGCUGAUCCCGGCUGCAGCUUUCUGAUGCUGAUUAUUUCCUUCACUCAGUUGUUUUGUCUAAAAAACAGUGAGACACCCGCUUAGAAUGUAAAAUCUGACACAAUCAGAGCCCCCGUUUAAAACACUGAAGAAAGUUCUCGUCCUUUGUCUCGUUUCCAGACAAAUGUUAACAUUUCUUAGCACACAAAUGGGAAUCGAAACGGCUUCCUGUAAACCCCCCCCCCAAGUACUCGAGCACGCAGUCUGUGGAAGGAAGCACGUCGCAUCUAAAGCCCCAAGACUCUGACUUUCCUCUUGAAGGUCACAAACUUGCCAGAGGGGGUGGUUGAUGGCCGCAUCAAGACCGCGCAGCAUUGUGUUUAACCCGUGUUGGGGAGUUUAUUUCACAUUUUCACUCCAGCAGCUCAGAAAUGUCGUCACUGUCCUGUAAAGUCAUUUUGUUUCUUUUCUGACCAUGAAUUGUUUUCGGUCUGGACCAUUUUUAUCGCCCUCUGACCACAACACAGCAGGAAAAUAUCUCAAAAUAUUUUCUCCUCAGAGUUGACGCUGAUGAGACGCAAUAUACUACACGUUUUCUUUUUUCCGACAUUCUUUCAUUUCUUUGGCCUUGAAUACUGCAACAGCACUUCAGACUGACAUUGGCCAGUUUUUCGAAUGAGCAGAAUUGAAGUCACUGUAACGUGCUGAGGCCACACGUUGGCUCAUUGAAGGAAGCGAUCCGGCUGAUGCUACGCGAUCUUGUUCCCGGAGCACGCAUUUCUGGAGCUGAGACCACGAGCUUCAGUUUUAUCGUCCCUGAGAAGGUCUGUCUUCACGCGGCCACAGGUGAUGCAGCGUUUGUUCACUGCUCUGCGCCACUGCCUCAUUUUGCUGCUGCUGUUACAUUCUAGCUCCAAACGGCCGACCUGAGGUUUGUAUUUCCUGUGAGACUUUGAGGCAAUGCAACAGCGUGCGCGUUGAUCUUUUGUAAGACUCUGUCACAAUGUUGUAGUUGCAACCAACCGGGCCAAAGUUUAGGAGAAAAAAACUGUAAGGAAAGGAAGUGAAAGAUGACCUUCUUAAAAGCUGUUUAUCCAGUGUGUAGUAAAAAUUGUACCGUAGAUUCUCAAAUAGUGGCCCGGGCCUUUAUUUCCCUCAGUGGCAGAGAGAACCAGGACUUAAUUUGGGACAGGUUUACAGUCCAGAAUGUUAAGUAUCUGGACAGUUUUGUUCUUCAGCUCAUUUAAUUUGAAAUGACAUGAUGGAUAAUACAUUGAAGUGACAAGUGUCAGCUUUAAUUUGAGGAGGUUUACAUCAAUAUAGAAAGAACUGUGUUGGAGAUACAGCCCAUUAAACGCAUACUGCCCAAACUUUAGGCGUUCGAAAGUAAUACGACGGAUACACACGACAGACAAGCCAAACAAAAUCAUCAUAUUUAAUAUUUAGUGUAAAACACUUUGCAGUCAGUGACUCCCUGAAGUCUCUGAUCCACAGGCAGCAGCAGACUCUCCGUAUCUCCCCUGGUGAUGGUCUCCCCGAGCUUCACCGCAGCCUCCUACAGCUCUUGCUUGUUGUGGGGGUCUCUCUGCCUCUAGACUGGUCUUCACCAAGCGGACCGCUGCUCGGUGGGACUGAGAUCAGGUGAUUGACUCGGCCAGUCGAGGAUUAUCCACCUCCUCACCGUGAGAAGCUCUGGCCGUCGUCCUGCUGAAUGAUGAAACGUCGCCCAGUGGGUUUUGAUGCCGAAUCUGAGCUCUCAGAACGCCCCUGUAAACCUCUGCACUCACCCGGCUGCUUCCGUCACCAGUGAAAUCAUCAACAAAUGCCAUCGUGUCGGUUCCACCGGCAGCCGUUCAUGCCCGAGCCAUAACAGAUCCACCGCCAUGUUUGACAGAUGAGGUGGGGGCUCUGGGUCAUGAGCUGUUUCUUGUUUUUUCUCUACACUUUCCUCCUAUCAUUUCGACAGAGGUUGAUUUUAGUUUCACGAGUCUGCAGAACUUUGUUCCAGAACUCUGCCGGUUUCUCCUUGUGUGUUUUUGAGAACCGUAGCCUGGCCUUUCUGUUUUUGGAGGUUCUACCAGGGGGGUUUGCAACUUGUGGUGAAUCCCCUGAGGUUCGGGUGAUGAAGUCGUCUCUUGAUCGUUGACGAGGAAACGCGAACUCCUACGUCCCGGAGAGUGUCCACGACUUGCUGUGCAGUCAUAAAUGAGUUUUUUUCAUCGCCGUGGAAAUGGUUUUCUGCUCCGUGGUCAACCAGGUCGUUUGCCAUUUUCUAGUUUUCCUGCUCCAACACCUGCUUUUUUAGAAAUGGACCCAACUGCUGAUUGAGGCAAACCAACCACUUUUGAUGUCUCUCUGGUGGAUUUUUGCUUCUUUGAGCUUCUUUAUCAUCUUUCUGCACCACCAAACUGGGGAAAACCAGUUCUUCGUGGAGCUGGCUUUCGUCACAGGCGUGUCGUCAAAGGAAACAAAAGUUUAAAGCAAACUAUUGUCUCAUUUAUCAGUCAGUAUGUUUUUGUGUCCACCUGAUUUAAUGCACAUUUUCAAUACGUGUUUAAAAAACCCAGAGUGGAAAUGCUAUAAAAUUUAAAAAAAAAAAACAAAACCAAAGUGUGUUUAAUCUAAAUAAGCUUGGCUGAGGUGUAAAAGUUGCUGUGUGACCAAAAAACACUGAUCAGGAACAGGAAUCAUGAGACUCUAACGUCACCUCCAGCGAAGAGCGGGAAACCAUCAGGUCUGUGCGGAGCCACGAGGAGACUGGAACCUCCCUCCAUCGGGUUCUCCACACGGUUUCCCAUCGUCUGACCUCUGACCCGAGCUCUCGUAGUGACCUCGUCUCGCGGCGUCCUCUUCUUCCGUGCUGGUUUAAUGGCAGCGACUGGAGAAUCGGCUCAUAUUCACACAGCAGCGGUGGAGGGAAACAAGGAUCCAUUUGCAUUUUCUUUUGCCGAUUUUUUUUUUUUUUCUGGAGGAUUUGCUUAAAAUUUGUGUUAAU